AUGUAUGGAGGAUUUGUGUCAACUGCGAAUAGCUACGACGAUAUGAUAGAUUACCUUCGUGUCACGCAGUUUGGCAGUGAUGCAUUCUUCGAUUCUGGAGCUCGUAGUUGGACAUGGCAAACAUGCACUGAAUUCGGCUAUUUCCAAACUACUGAUGGUGGUCCAAAUGGCAUUUUUGGUUCUGUCACUCCAUUGAGUCUAUUCACCAACAUGUGCCGUGACGUCUUUGGCCAGCAGUUCGAUUCAGACUAUAUAAGUAAAGCAGUCCGUUCUACACUUGACUACUACGGUGGCGCUUACGGAUACAAGGGCACGAAUGUGGUGAUACCGAACGGCUCACUCGAUCCGUGGCAUGCACUCGGCAAGUACACCUCGACUGAUCCGUCCGUUGUGUGGUAUCUCGUUAAAGGAACUGCCCACUGUGCCGACAUGUACCCUCCGAGAGCUCAAGAUCCACCUGGUCUGGCAGUGGUUCGCAAGCUCAUUCCGCAGAAUAUCGACAACUGGAUUACAAAGACUCCUAGCCCAUUCGCUACAGUACCAACGGAGGCUGAAACAUGGACCAAACCAGAAGUGAGCCAUCCGCUAGAAGGGAUCGCUAGUGCUUUCAAGCCAGCUGAAGAUGUUGAAGUAGAGGUGGAAUACCCCGAGUGGACCAGAUAUCGAAAAGUGCAUUUGGGCAGACCUCCGCACGGAUUACUUCCACCACCAGACAUGGCUGAACUAGCCGAUUCGCCGACUAACUAUGAGACCGGAUACUUCACACAGCCCGUGGACCACUUCGACAGUCAGAAUCCAAACACCUUCGAGCAGCGCUACUUCAAAAACGCUCAAUGGGCUCAACCAGGUGGACCGAUGUUCCUAAUGAUUGGUGGCGAAGGACCUGAGUCAUCUAGAUGGGUUCUCAACGAGAAGCAUCAACCUAUUACAUGGGCGAAAAAAUUCGGAAGCGACCGCUAUACCUUCUGCGAACUCCGAUACUGUUACGGAGAAAGUUGUAUUGUCUUUAUAUGGGUGUGA